UGUAUUUUGAAAUAUCUCACGGGAAAAAUCCAAUGGCAACACUGAUCUUAUGCUCUACGACUACACUUCUACAAUAGCAGUUUCGUGUUUUGCUACAUCUAGCGACUUAAAACGAAACGUCUUAUAUAAAUAACAAGUAUUCAAGAUAUUUUUAUUUUUACCUAUUUUUAAAUGUGAUUUAAUAAAACGAAUUUAGUUAUGAUGGAUAAAGUUUCCAACGCUUUUCACAACUUUACGACUUUCAUGGAUAACAACACCCGUGGAGUACAGUUCGGUUGUUAUUCUGUAGCACUUGUUGGAUUAACAGUGGCUGUGAGGAAAGUUCGCCCUUUCAGUAAAUUUAAAAAACCUUCGGAUAUUCCCAACCAUUUCCUGAGAGAGAGAAGGGAACUUGUAGGUGUUGUGGAUAGAAUAGAGCCUCAUGGUACACUACUGAUGAUAAGGCACAAACCAUUGAUCAAUGUUCCAUUUAUUUCUUCAGGACAUCUACCAGUUAAAAUAUCUGGAAUUAAUGUUAGUGGACUAGGGUGCAACUGGCUGCAAGCAGUAUUGUCACAUGAGAAAGUUACAUUCAUACCAAUCAGCAAGGAUAAAAAUUAUGUUCAAUGUCAAGUAUUGUUUACACAAAAAGAUAAACAACAGAAGGAAUACAUCGUGAAUGUAGGCGAAAAGUUGGUGAAAAUAGGCUUUGCUGUACCAGAACUUAUUGAGAAGCCUUUGUUGGAAGAUACUCUUUACAUGAGAUACUACAAGUUACUCCAGAAAGCAGAAAAACAUGCCCAAUACAAAAAACUUGGUUUGAAGUACUAUAUAAAACCUACAAAGCAAGCAAUAUUCGAAUUAUACCAGCUCGCUUUUCUGUUAUCAAGAUAUUCUUAUAGUGCACUAAACAAAGGCCUGUCUAAAAUUCCCAAAAUAUAUGUGUCAUAGCAAUCACAGAUACACCUAGUAUUUGAUGUUAUUAUUUUGAUUUCACAAACUCUGGCUGUUUACAAAAUUGUUACUUUCUUUUUUUAUCCCCAACAUGACAAUAACAUGUGGGAAGAUUUGCUGUUAGUUAUUGACUGAUUUUUUUCAGACUACUUACUAUCAGUUGUUAUAAUUUUGAGAAUCAAAUUUUUUAGUUUUCAAUAUAAAUAAAAGCUUUUUCAGGACUGUUUC